GUUUAUCGUAAUAGCGGUAUGACCAAACAUUUCUUUCAAGGUCAGGGGGAUGAUACCGUCUGAUGGAAGCCAGCUUUUUGGUUUAUACGGAUAUCUAAUCUUGGUCAUCUUCCUUGCCUUAGUAUACAUAGUUCUGCACCUGUUUCCAGACAUAAGGGCAUGUCUGUCAUGGCGUAAAUUUAUUGAAGCAACCAAACAUACGAACGCUAAUACUUCUACAUCUAACACAUCCGAGAAUAUAGUUUCACAAUCAACAAAUGGAGUGCAAUCAAUUCAUUCGAAGAAAAAUCCUACUCUACGUAAACGUUCCAUUCGUAAGAUAACAACAACAACAACACUAUCAUCAACUGCAAAAUCAUUUUCACCCUCACCAUCUUCAACAAAAUUACCAGAUAAAUCCUCUUCCUUUUCUUCAUCUGUAAAUUCCUUUAAUUCUACUGAAUGUUGUCAAAAAUUAGAUGAUAUUUUAAAAGAUGACCAAAAUGAAUGUGUUCAUGAUACUAAUUUAUGUUCGGUUAAACAAAAACCAGUUGCUAAUGAACUGAUGAUGACGAAUAAGAGCAUUGUUUCGAAAGACAAAGACAUUAUCACUUCUACGAUUCAUGAAGUAGUGAAGACAUCCAAUAGUAGUGGUAGCAGUACCAUUGCUAAAUCAUUGAAAACAAAGAAAUCAAAUCCUAUACAUCAUGAGUCGUUAUCAUCACUGACGUCUUCGUCUACUGUUCCUGAACCACUGAAUAACUCACGUAUAUCUACUCCUGUUCUUGAUACAUUUGUUACACCACAAGCAUUAGAUACUACCGGGAAUGAUGAUGGUGAGUGGUUAUGUGCAAAUAUGAAAACAGUUAGACGUCGUCGACGCAAUAAUAAUAAUAACAAAGACAUUAAACAUUUGAUGAGUGCAGAUAAUAAUGAUAAUGUUCAUGUUGAUGACACCAAAUUAGGAAGACACGUUCUACAACAGCAACCAAUUGAGUUAUCAUCCUUAAUAGUCGCAGAAGAAAAUAUUCAAAAUAAGUCCAACUCUACACAUGACAUUGGUAGCAGUGAUCAACAGUAUUUAAUAACUGGUCAAGAUGCCAUUAAUUCUAAAACUAAUAAAAAUUUGGAACCUGAUUCUAGUCAUCAAUCUGUAGUGGAAUGUUGCAAAAAUACAUCUUCAAUGAUAGAAAAUGUCAAUUCUUCAUUGAAGAAACGUUCAUUAAUGGAUCAAUCUGUUUCUAGCACUACUGCUAAUACUACUGCUACUACUACUACUACUAGUAGUAAUGAUGCUUCUCUUGGUGUUCUUCAUUCUAAUCCUGCUAUUACAUCAAAACGUAAACGUCGUAAUAUUCAACGUAAAAAAUCUACUGAUGAAAUUAUUAUUAAUAAUGAAAAUAUAGAAUCAUAUAGUAUAUUAUGUAAUGAAAAUCAAUUUGAUGAUAAUAAUUCAAUGUUAUCAGGUACUACAACAACAACUACUACUCCUAUCAAUUCAUCAAUAAAACGAAAUUUAGAUAAACAAAAUGACGAUGAUGAAAGUGGUUUUGAAUUAAUUGAACUUUCAAAUACAUCAUCAACAGUGUCGUCAGCUGUUGAAUCUGAUGAAUUAGAAAUGCACUCAUCAUUAAUAACUACUACUACCACUACUGCUGAAACGUCAUUAUUACCUCAAGCAUCAAUAUCACCACCUGAUCUGUUAUCACAUUUUCCACCAUUAAUUAAAGCAGAUAAUGGUGAUCCAAUUUCUGUUACAAUGGAAGUAGAACUCCUUGAAAGUGGAAGACAUCCACAAGCGAAUAAAUUACUAAAAUUAGCCUUAAGUAGUAAUAACAAUAAUAAUAGUAAUAGUCAAACUAGUAAUCAACAGGAACAGUUAACUGAUGAUGUUGUCGGUGGAACUUGUACUAUUAGUAGUAGUAGUAGUAGUAGUAGUAGUAAUAUUAAUAAUAAUAGUAAUAAAAAUGCUACGAAGCGUUCAAAAGCGAGAAAAGCUGAUUAAAUGAUAAGAAUAUGAUUUUCAUGUACUAUUCAACUACUCUUUUCUCCCUCCCUCUCUCUCUCUUUCUUUCUACCGAUAUAUGUCUUUAUUCUCUCUUUCUCUUGUUUUCUUUUCUCAUUUCAUCUAUAAACUUUUGUCAGAUUAUAUUUAUUGGUUUCUUACAUUACCUCCUAUCAUUAUAUUAUCCAAUUGAAUAAGAACAAUCUAUUUGUCACUGAUCAUCAUUAUGCUGAUUAUGUUUAAUAAUUUUUAUUGUUGGGAUAAAAUGUCCGUUUAUUUUCAUUUUUUUUUGUUUCCCCUUCUCCCUCCCUCUCUCUUUGAAGCAAAUAAUAGUAAAGAAGAACUAGGGAUGAAGUAACUCAUCCUAUUUUCUCAGUUUUACUCCCCUAUUUUUCUCUUUUUAUUCUUUGAGUUUUUGUGUUUAUGUUUUUCCACGUCUAUUCUUCCUGAAUAUAUUGUGUGUAAACAUGUUUUUGUAAAAAAAAAGAAAGAAAAUCAACAAUAGACGGAUACUCUUUAUCAUUAUUUCUUUUCUAGUAUAGAUUGUGUCAUAUUCGAUGGUCUAUGUUGUUUCCACUUUUUUUAAAACUAUUAUAUUUCAGAAAUAUUGUCGUUGUUGAUGAUAUGAGUCUAUAUGUGUAUGUGAUAUUUUGGAAUCUCCCCUUUCCAGUGUGUUUAUCGCUGCUUGUUUCAACAUACUUUUUUUUGAUGAUCCUGAUGAUAAUUUGUAGAGAUCUCUGUUUAUUUUCUUCUCAGUGUUUCUUUUGUUGUUGUUGUUGUCUUAUUGAUUGUUUUUCCAUUGUUCAUUUAUGACUUUUUUUCUUUCCUUUAUAUUAAACAUUGAAACUUUACAGCAAUAUCGCAUUCUUAUUUUAUCACCACUAAAUUGUUUGUUCUAUUGGCCUCAUAUUUUUUUUUAGCGCCAAAUAAUACUGUGAUAUUUAAAUAAUUAAUAUACAUCUUAUUACAUUCUAUUUCGGGAUAAACAAAUAAUGUUCACUAUUUUUUAAUUGGUUAACCGAAUGUGUGUCAAGGUCAAGUGGACAAGGGCGCAUAUUUUUAUUACUCUUUUUUGAUUGGUUAACUGAUUGUAUGCAUUAUUUUAUAUGUCUGUUAAUUUGUCCACGAUAUACUUCCCAAGGUCAAACAUGAUUUUUUUAAUGCAUUUUGCUGGUUUCUUAUUGGUUGGUUAAUCUUUUAUAAAAUAUGUAUGUUAAUAGUGCAAACAGUUUAAUUAUUUAUUUUUAAGGUUUAUAGUCUUCUUCAUACUUCCCCAAUUGAUGUAUGUGAUUGAGUAGAGAGAACAAUUGGGAGAUUUGAUUUGUUUAUGGAGUACACAAUUGUGUGGACACAAAAAGAGUAAUAAUAAUGGUGGGGGUGUUGGUGUUGUUGUUGUCAUGCAUUGAAUAUUAUAUCAAAGAGAGAGUAACAAACAAACUUUAUGCCCCUAAUAAUUAGUCAAACAGCUUCUAUAGUCAUUUGUGAAAAACAAUUAAUAUUAUUUAUUUAAUUAUUUGACUUAAUUAACUUAUUGUUUAUGUCUAUAUAUUACAAUAUUGCAAUGAUUAUCCCUUUCUCUCUCCCUCCCCCGAUAACUUUGAUCGGCCUAAUUUUCUGCAAUUUGUUUCUUUUGUUGUCUCAGUUUAUUGAUUAAUUAGUUAUUUUUAUUAAGAAAAAAAUAUAUAAAUUGAUCGAUUGAUUUGUUUAUUUAUUUGUUUGUUUUUGUUUAUUUUGUUCAUGUGUGUGUGCGUGUGUGUUUACGUCUGUGCAUUUGAAGUGGGAUAAUUAUUAUUCAUAAUAAUAAUAAUAAUAAUAAAAAGAUUCUUA